CUGAAUCAAAACAUGGCAGGAAAGAGGAAGUUGAACGUAAUUCAUUGAAUAUUUACAGCUUUAUCUUCACUUUGUGAAGCAAACUGGUACAAAAGUAUAUUCCAGGAGAAGUAACGUAUAUCAAGUCAUAAACGAGACACCUCGUUAUUAUAUGUUUCGAUGAAACGAAGACGAAAAAUGAUAGGAAGUGUCGGGCUAAAUUUCAAGAUAUGAAAAUAUUUUGUUUUGAUUUGACUUAGCAAUUUAGAUCUAAUUUUUGGAUCAAUACUUACAAUUGCACAAUUAGCUCAAGUCUACAAUGGCGACUGCAACCAAAAGAUCAUUCAAGGAUAAAGCUAGAGACAAGCUAGGAAAUAUUGGAACAAAGAUUCGGGGAAGCUCAUUAGAGAGCCCAACAGAAGGAAAUGUAGGUGCUAACCCAUCUGGUGGUGUGAUCGUUGAAGCAUCUACAUCACCUCCCCUGCGUUCACCAAUCACCCUAGUCAACACAGAUCUGUCAGAAGUCGGAGGUAAUGAAAGUAAUGGAGGUAAAGAUAUUGAGAAGAAGAAACGACAUGUCACUCAACCAAAAGGCACCAUUCCUUACGAUGUGACGACAUCCGACACAUUAGAGGGCAUAGCUGCAAGAUUUGACACCACACCUACAAAUCUGAUCAAACUUAACAAGUUACAUCUACGAAUGGUCUUCCCAGGACAGACAAUUUAUAUACCAGAUAAGGAUUAUGUUCCCAGUGAUCCUCCUACACCUGAUGAGCCAAACAAAUCUAGUCCAACAAAUAACAAGCUUAAAAGUCCACCUCCGUUAAAGAGUCCGGGUCAUGCUGAGCGAGUCUUCACUGACAGUAUUCCUGAGCCAGCAGCCCCCAAACCACUCAGUGAAGACGAUGCCAAGAAACUAGACCAGGAGUGCUAUGCACGUUUCAUCAAAAUCAAUGUUAAACAUAUCACAGAUGGGCAGGGAGUGGUGAAUGGAGUGUUACUAGUUACCCCAAAUGCUGUAAUGUUUGAUCCCAAUGUGUCUGACCCCCUAGUCAUAGAGAGUGGGGCUGAUGCGUAUGGGAUGAUAGCCCCAAUGGAGACUAUUAUUAGUGCAGCAAUGUACCAUGAUAUAGCUGCUAUGAGGAUUCGAAGUGCAAAAGAUCAAGGUGAGGUUAGGAAGAAAUCUGAGGUGUACCAUGCAAAGGACUGUCCGUUAUAUACUUCCAAAGAAAGUAGCAAUGACAAAAAUACUGCCAGUGAAAAAGGAAAUAAUAAAGAGGAAGAAACACAAGAAAAAUCAGACGGCAAUAAGGAGCAGACGGAUGAACCACCAAGGGAGAAAAGCUGUUCAUGUGGUGCAAGUGACCCAGCAGCAAAUAUAGACUUGACCAAUCGUAAAUCAGAUUCACAUUCAGAUUCGAAUACCCUCAAUGAUGAAAAGGGCAACUUGGAGGAAAGUGCAGUAAAUGAAACAAAAGUUGACUCUGAACCAACAAUUGGUGCUAAUGAAAAGAAAGGUGAGAGUGCAAAUGAAAAUGCAAAUACCAACGAGGUCAUUCCACAAAACAAUUCAGUUUCGGCAACUCAAGUGAAUAGUGCCGAACACUUCCAUUUUGGCAAUAUGGAGGAGUCCAUUCCUGUUAAUGUAGGGGGCGAAGGUUGUGACAUAAACCAAGGCAAUGUGCCAUCACAAUCAGGGAUUGAAGAAAAUGGCAAUACAGAGAGAUCUCCUGGAAUGGAUGGAGGAAUCACAACAGGUGUAUCACCUCCAAAACAACUUUUGAAAUCUAUAGGUUCCUCGGUGGGAACAUUAGGGAACUCAGUGGCAUCAGUGGCAUCAUCGAUCGGCUCACUAGCGAGCACAACGCCACUAACAAACCUUGUUGAUUUUUCCAGUGGGUUAUUUAGCAAACAGGAAGGAGAUGCAGGUAAGGUCAAGGACAUUUCAGAUGUGACCCCAGUCACCCCAGUGUCUAACGAUGGGCAGCCCAAAAACUCUAUAUGGUACAUAGAACCAAAACUAGACGAUGCAUCUGGGCAAGCCUUGGAAGUAACAGAGAGUGAUAUAUUACUGGACUCAACUACAGAUUCAUUCUCCAGCUCCAAGGGCACUGUUACUUGGGUCACAGAAGCAAAUUCCAAGACUCUAUUAGAACGUCCACCUAGCAUAGAAGUAGAGAGUGUUGUGACAGUGGAUGACAAACCUGAAUUAUUUCGCACGCUCAGCGAGUUGGUGCCAAAGCCUGCCCCAGUUUCUGAGAAUCCUCCUCUCUAUCUGAGUCUACGUGUGGGCAAACCUAUCAACAAACGAGUGUCAAAAACCUGCCCUAUCGAAUCAUAUGGCAAGAAAAAUAAGCCCGAAUAUUGGUUUUCUAUUCCACGUGAUAGAGUGGACCAUCUCUAUGCAUUCUUUGUCCAGUGGUCUCCAAACAUUUAUGGCAGUGAGGAAGAAAUUAAUCCUGAAGCUCGGGGCUUUGUUGUUUUUGACUCUGAUGCUGAGGAUCUCAAUUUAGUAGAUGAUUAUUUUGAAGGAGAUAUUAAAGUGUCCAAGGAUUGGGAGAUUGUCAAAGUUGAGGAAGCCAGGAGAAGACUGGAGUCAUUUGAGCUUGGAGAUCUCCCUCUACCUGAGUUGAUUGGCACAACUACAUUACUUGAUGAUGAUAAAAUAAGCAAGUUGUGUAAGCAUCUGCCUCCACGUACAGAAGGGUACCCCUGGGUACAGAUCUACAGCACAGACCAUCAUGGCUUUUCACUGAACACUCUCUAUAGACACAUGCAGGGCUAUGACACACCUGUCUUAAUAGUUGUCAAAGACACUGGCAACAAUAUAUUUGGUGCAAUGACCUCAUGUCCUCUGAAAGUGAGUGAGCAUUUCUAUGGAACAGGGGAAUCCUUUCUCUAUACAUUCACCCCAGAGUUCAAGGUUUACACCUGGACAGGUGACAAUACUUACUUCAACAAAGGCAAUCUACAGAGUUUAGUGAUAGGAGCAGGAGAUGGUAGUUUUGGACUUUGGUUAGAUGGAGACAUAUAUCAUGGCAGGACUCAGCAUUGUGACACUUAUGACAAUGAACCUCUUACAACACAAGAGGACUUCAUUGUCAAAGGAAUAGAAGUGUGGGGGUUUGAGUAAUCAACGAACCAGUAGCCAGGACAAAUCCAUGCUGGACUUUGGAAUAUAUAAUAAUGGGAGUUUUUAUGGGUAGUACCAAGGGGUGCUCUUGAGCGAAUGAGACACUAAAAGACAUACUGUCUGCGAAGCUCUAUAGAGAUAUACCAUAUCAGGAGGAGCUACUCUAAAGCUGGAGUCAAAGAGAUUAUGAGAAGGAUUCUAAAUGGAUUAUCAUUGCUGGAUUAACCUUGACUCAAAGAUGUAGGAGGAUUUUUUGUCAAAAUUGAAUAGUCAAAGUCCAUUAAGCAGGAUGUAUACAGUAAUACAUGUUAAAUUGAAUAUUUUUUAGAUCUGAUCUUAUUCAGUUGAAAAAUCAAUUUUCUGAGGAUCAGUUUUCAUGCAUACUGA